AUGGUGGAAGCCUCUGCACCCGCUGCCUCACCCAGUGAGGCACCCCUCGCACCCCAACCGAUAGCGCCCACGGCGCCCAAGGUUGCUCUCGAGCCGCGCCGCCCUCCUCAGCUUAAGGUGCUGAAGGACGCCACCCUCAAGCCGUGCUUGCUGAGCACCCAGGUGCCCACUGUCCGUGACGUGGCCCAGCUCCAAAACACUUUGAAAUACCUGGAUUCCCCGGCGCCGCUGCUUGAGCGCAGCACCCUGGGCGAGCCGCCUAUCACCUAUGGCGGCUACGAGGCGCGCCUCAACGACGGCAAGCUCCACUUGUGUAUGGGGAUCACCGGCUGCAUUCUGAUCCACAAGAACGUGUUCUUGAUCAUCGAAAAGUUGUUUGACAUGUACGGGCGCGACAAGCUCGACAUCAUGGUGGUGCUCACCCUGCUGGCGGAGUGGUUUUUGGCGGAAAGACUCCCCAAGUUCGACCAGUUGGGCGUCAAAGUGUGGUUCGCCAACGACGCCGCCAACUACUAUAACCAGCGCAAAAAGCGCCACCCGCUCACCAAGCUGCUGCUCGAUAUCAUCAGCGAUUUAGGUCAAUACCUGUUAUCGUGGGAGAUCGUGCGGUGGACCCAUGUUUUAUUACUUGCCCCGCUCUCGGCUAACACGUUGGCCAAGAUCUCCAACGGCCUCGCCGAUAACUUGCUCUGUGACAUCCUCCACAUGUGGCCGACGCAAAACACCCAGGUGCGCCAGGCAAAGCCCAUCGUGCUGGCGCUUGCGCUUACGCUGCUGAUGUACGCUCACCCCAUCACCCGUCACCAGGUAAACCUAUUACGUGAGUGUUUCCCGCUGAUGACGGUGCUCAAGCCCGUGGAGAAGUGUGUCGACAUGGACGGCAACAUUGCCAUGGGCGGGAUGUGUCCCUGGAUGGACGUAGUCGACCACGUGUCUCGUAAGCUUGGUCCUCCCGCCUUGCCUGAUGACGACGACGAUAACGGCGAUGAUGACGGCGAUAACGACGAAAUCAGAGAUGGCGACGACGACGACGACGACGACAACGAUGAUGACGACGAUGACGAUGACGACAAUGACGAUGAUGAUGACGACGAUGAUGGAGAAGGUGAUGAUGAAGACGAUAGCGAAAUCAUCGUGGCCGAUGCCACACCCAACGGCGUACCGAAAAACGGUAAAGUUGGUGACGGCAGCAUCUCCAUCCCCUCGUUCAAUUUGUCACGGAAACAUCUGAUUCCCGAGGUGGAGAUGGCGCGGAGAAUGCCGACACCACCCCCGAUCAUCAAGGAAGACGCCCCGCACGCUGGCCAGCUGGUGGUCCACCGCACUCGCCACAACACCAUCAGUCGUAAGGAGCUCGAGGAGCACGAGGUGUUGGCGCUCCAGAACGCCAUCAAGAACUCGUUCCCCGUCUAG